UUUCACUUCCUUUUUUGGGGAGGGCUCUGAUCGGUGGCUCUGUUGUGACCCAGCCGAGAACAGAACCUCCAGACUACAGUAAAGACCAGAACCUCCAGACUACAGUAGAGACCAGAACCUCCAGACUACAGUAGAGACCAGAACCUCCAGACUACAGUAGAGACCAGAACCUCCAGACUACAGUAGAGAUUUGAUCCUUCAGCUGAUGGCUCUCCAGUGGCUGAUGUGGGGUACUGCAGCGGUGGUUCUGGCCGUGUUGGUCCAGCCGGCGGUGCCACAGUCCAGCUGUGAGAUGUACACUAACUACCACGGGGUCCAUGGGAUCCCAGGCGCCUACGGCCCACACGGCGCGGACGGCCCCAAGGGAGAGAAGGGAGAUACUGGGGACGGUCCGCUGCACGCCAUGGGCAGGAAGGGGGCGCCGGGGGACCCAGGCCCCGCUGGGAGAACCGGUCCAAAGGGAGAGCAGGGCCCCCAUGGCCAGCGCGGGUUCCAGGGGUCCAAGGGAGAGAGCGGCGGGCGGACACAGAGGACACAGAAACAGCCUUCCUUCUUCUCCUACAAGAGAGGAAUCACCCAGCAGCCCGCCAGGGAGCGACCUAUCGUCUUCAACAGGGAUGUAGUCCCUGAUCUGGACACUUCUCUGAAAGGAGAAAAUCUGACCCAUGGAGUGUUUUCAUGCAAGAUCCAAGGCGUCUACUUCUUCACCUACCACAUCUCGGCCAAAGAGCUGGUGUGUCUGAAGCUGAUGAAGGGGACAGAGGCUAAACUGAGCCUGUGUGAUUCGUCGUCGUCCCACCUGGUGACGUCGGGCUCGAUGAUCUUUGAACUAGCGGUGGGGGACAAGGUCUACCUGCAGCCCACCCAGCACAACAAGAUCAUCACCAGCCCCCAGCUGGCCGAUAACACCUUCACUGGGAUGCUGCUGUUCCCCAGCACCUAGCCCAGCCCCUAGCCCAGCCCCUAGCC